GGAGUGCCCUUUGUGUCCUGCAGAGCAUCCGACUAUGAGAAUUUCUCCUGCUCCUGGACCUCCAGUGUGGAGACCUUCCUUCCCACCCGAUACAUCACCACCUACAGGAAGAAAUCACUGACGGGUGAAGAGAAGCGGAGGAACAAGAAUGGGCAUAUGGGGCCAUGCCUGCAGGAUCCAUCCCGCCCUGGCACCUGCACCGUCCAUGGAUCAGAGUUCUGGAGCUCCUACCGCCUGAACAUCACCGAGGUGAACCCCCUGGGCUCCAGCUUCCGCCUCCUCGACGUCACCAUGCAGGCCAUCAUUAAGCCGGACCCUCCGGAGGGCUUGAUGGUGGAGCCCAUCCCCCUAGCCCCACGGCGGCUUCAUGUGAGCUGGAGGUACCCCUCUUCCUGGCCCAAGGAACCCCACUUCCAGCUCAGGUUUCGGCUCCAGUACCGGCCCGUCAUCCACCGCUCCUGGUCUGUGGUGGAGACAGUGAACCUGUCUGAGGUGAUCACGGAUGCCUUUGCUGGGCUGGAGCAUGUGGUCCAAGUCAGUGCCAAGGAUUUCCUGGACGCGGGGAACUGGAGCGAGUGGAGCGCUGAGGCUCGGGCGACGCCAGUCAGAGACCUGGUCACCGCAGCAAGUGAAGAAACCACUAGAGACACCAGCCUGGAGAGCCUGGCUGAGGAGCCCUCCCAGGCUCCCAACCCUGAGCCCAUCAAUCACAGUGACCCCCUGGAGAAGAUGGCUGUCCUGGUGUCCCUUGGGGUCUUUGCCUUCUUCAUCCUGGCUGCUGUUCUCGUCAUCACCAUCCUCAUCUGGUAGGCUGAGUUUUGAGAGGGAG